UAACUGUUUAUUUUUUUCUGGACGGAAGGCAGCAGUCAGAUAAGUUAGAUGUAACGUUGUAGUAGUUUGUGCAGCGUCGUGGGACAGUUUUAUAUUUGUGUUUCAGUCUGUUUGUUAUUUUUAUCAAACUGCUCCGUCAACGGUCGUUUCAGUUAGCUCGCUCGCUCAGCUUUAGCUAACUGUAACGUUUCCGUUAUUUAACGUUAAGCUCUGUUGACUCGACGGGAAGAGAGAGGGUCGCUAACUUAACGUUAGCACUGAAGUUAACGUUAACGUCAAAUAACGGAAUAGCCAGUUAGCUAACGCCAGUUGUCCCAUCGUCGAGGCCCGGAUCCAACGACUAAAGACUGUCUUUAUAAUUAGUUGUUUUUCUGCCCUGGAGAUCAUUUAGUUGGCGCUUUGGUGUGCGCCCCUCGAUAUUUUGUCAGGAUAACGGUUAGCAACAUUUGAGAGUGGCUAGCUGAGCUAAGUUGUUGCUCAGAGAGAGAGAGGGAGAGGAAAACGCUACGUCGUGGACAAAAGUGGCAACCCUUUCGCUUUUUAAAGUUGAUAUUUCGCUUUAUGAUGAAGUAGCUGUGGAGCGGUGCAGCUGCUAUGGUGUCUGCGAUACUGCUGCACCUGCUAAGUUGAACGACUGACAGUGAGACCCGUGGUCCAGCAUGAAGGCCCUCGGAUCCAGAUUCUCCUUCUAUGCCGGUUUCGUCGUGGGAACCUUCACACUGUACGUGUUUCUGCGGCAGGUAUGGUUUGAGAGGACCUUGUCAGCACAGCGGGCCACCAGCCUGGACAAACUUCAUGACCAGCAACAGCUUGAGGAAGAAACGACCAUGUGGAAGAAAGAGAGGUCUGCUCUCUUCAACCUGAAGCACCCUCAUCUUACAGGUGAGGAUAGCCGCAUGGCUGAUGAACUCUACAAAAAAGUGCGCAUUCUUUGCUGGGUGAUGACUGGACCCAACAACCUGGAGAAGAAGGCUCGGCAUGUGAAGUCCACUUGGAGUCGCCACUGCAAUAUUGUGGUCUUCAUGAGCUCUGUUGAGGACCCGGACUUCCCCACGGUGGGCUUAGGCACAAAGGAGGGUCGGGACCAGCUGUACUGGAAAACGAUCCGGGCCUUCCAUUAUGCCUAUGAGCAUCAUGUCCAUGAGGCCGAUUGGUUCCUCAAGGCAGACGAUGACACAUAUGUAAUCGUAGACAACCUGCGAUGGGUUCUUGCGAACCACACGCCGGACGAGCCAAUUUACUUUGGCCGAAGAUUCAAACCCUACACCAAGCAGGGCUACAUGAGUGGUGGUGCAGGCUACGUGCUGAGCAGAGAGGCUCUGCGGCGGUUUGUUGAAGGAUUUAAAAACAAACUGUGCACGCACACUACCUCUGUAGAGGACCUUGCAAUGGGGCAGUGCAUGGAGAAGGUUGGGGUGCUGGCAGGUGACUCCAGAGACAGUGUGCAGAGGGAAACAUUUCACCCAUUUGUGCCCGAGCAGCACCUCACUGCCAAGUUCCCCAAAAGCUUCUGGUAUUGGAGCUACUGCUACUACCCCAUCUCAGAGGGACCAAACUGCUGCUCGGAUGUGUCCGUGUCUUUCCACUAUGUAGGUGCUUCACAUAUGUAUUUAUUGGAGUACUACACCUAUCACCUACGUGCCUUUGGAUACAGAUACCGUUACCAGCCCCCCACUCCACCAGGCUCCAAUAUUGAGCAGUUGAUUUCCAGAGACACUGCAGAAGGCAAAAAAGAGCUGGCUUCUCAGGAGAAAGGGCAAGGAGAGGGGGAUGAUUCAUCCAGGAAUGACAAGAGACAGGAUGGAGAUCCCCCUCCUGCAGCUGGUGAAGACCCUCCUGCUGCUCCAGCAGGCAAAUAACUGUAGGACUGUGUGAGUGUGUGACAGGAACUGAUCAUUAUGUAGGUCAAAGGUGUGAUUUGAGUGCUUGCUUUUUCAUUCUGUUAAUCUUGGCUCAUAUUUCUACAAAAGCAGAAAAACGGUCCACUUUGAUUUUAAUUGUUCCCACAUAGAAGUGUGUUGCCUGGGGCUUCUCCAACUGAAGGACUUUUACUAGGGUAAACACUGACUGCAAGACUGGUUCUAAGGUUAAUAGGUGAGUUAUGACCAACCUUUUUUUUUUUUGGUGUGUCUUCUUUAGAAGUUGGGAACAGCUUUCAGUAAGCUGCAUUCAUUUAAACUAUGCUUUGAACUAAAGCACCUUUUUAAUCCAUAUCAACCUAGAAUGGGAACCAGGUAUUAUCCAGAGCCAGUGAAAUUGGAGUUUGCGAUGUUAUAUUCCUUUUCUUGACUAUUGCAAGCCCACCAAAAGUUGAUCUACCGCUUUCUACAUAAGCCAGUUGUGCUUGAUCUGUUAGACCUGUUGGACUUCAUUUCACACAUAGAUAGACGUAGAUAACUGGAGGCCAGUGAAACCCAAUAAUGCUUCCUGGACUUCCUGGAGCUUUUAGCUGAAAAAGAAGCACUAAUAAUAAUAAUAAUAAUAAUAUCAUUAGGUUUGCGGUCUUCCAAACUUGAUUCAGGCUGCAUUUAAAAUCAUUUUCUCAAUACAGACAAAUGUUAUGUACCUCCAUGUUCUGUGUAGGAAUUAACUCAUUUAUAUUUAGCUUUAGGGAUCGAACGGUUAAACUCAGUGAAACCUCUCAGUUGGCUUGGAUAUAGUGUGGAGUGCAGCGAUCAGUCAGUCUAGAGUAGCCAACAGACAGAGGCCCCACCGGUAUCGUUUCUGCUCUAUAACAAUGACGGAGUAAAGUGGUGGAUAAAACGACGAUUGUGUGAAAACACUGUGCAACGUGUGUGGCUUGUGCUGGCGGUAAUACUUUCAAUAUAGUGAACCAUUGUGUUUGCUGACAGUGCACAGAGAAGAGUCUGGUAGUGAAGAGAAACUCCUUCUCCCUGCAGCAUUUGAGGAACCUCGCCAUGCAGAUUCAGACAUUAUGGCAAAUCCAUAACUAAAACACUGGGAGGGGGUAUAGUGAAAGCUAUGCAUCUCUGUUGUGGAGGAUGCAGGAUUUCAGCAUAUGAUCAGUAAUGUGGCGAUUUCUUUUUAUAAAAGUAACAAAGCAUAAUAUUUUGUUUGCACUAAUUAGAAAAGCUUUUAAUUAAGAUUUGACAAUGAAUAAGUGUUUACGUUCUUUAAAUUAUUGGCCAGAAUAUUCAGCAAAGUAAAUGUGAUUCUAGUUUCAGCCAGGAUCUUGCAGCCUUAAUCAAGUGUUAGUGGAGUGGAAAAGGCAAAUAUACCAAUAUCCUUCUCAGAUCAUCACGAUUAAAAAAACAAACCAGACAUAAAAUUACAUUCAGGAUGUAGCUUCCUGGCCAUGAAAUUUGGAUCCGUAUCUGAUGGAUCCUCCCUCUACACACACCUGUAACUGAGUUCGACAAAUAUCUUUAUUUGUUUUGGCACAUGCCUAUCUGUACGUGUAUUUCCUGAAGCUGACACUGGAUACAUACAGUUCCCAUCAUUGUUCCCCAGUGGACCCACUAGCUUGUGCCUUGUAAACUGAGAUUGUAUGAGCCAUCAGCUGCACACAUGACUUUGCACUGUGAUGUUACCAUGAUGAGAGUGAUGCUUUCAGAUGGAGUCUAAAUUUAUUGAAUCCCUCCAAUGUAUUUAGUAUGGCCUUUGAGUAAGCCAGUGGAUGACUUGUUCAUGACUAGAAUUUCAUUUUCUACAAUGUUGUUUAGUUUUUAAAUGCUUCGUGGGCCAGAGUCUUUCUUUUGUAACUAGUGAAUUGUGGAUAUUUAAAAAUAUUCAUAACAGUUCUGUUAUUACUUUGUAACCAACAAAGAAUUAAUUUUGUUGGAGUUACAGUUGUUACCAAAUACAAACAAGUGGCUUCAGGAAUGAGGCAAGAUUCACUGAUGAUUCAAACAAAUUGAUGUGAUCUUAGAAGUGCUGUUUUUAUUUUGAACCACUUAAUUGUUUUAUUCAAAUGUAUGAGGUAACCCAUGCCUAUCAAAAAUGUGCAAGUGUUUACACUCAGUUUCCUUCUGUAAAUGAGCACAGAGCAUGCUCCGUUUGUUUUGUCUUCUAUUAAAAAUGGAAAAGUCCAGUUUAAACCAAAUCUGCAUGUUUUACAUAAUGGUUUCUUUUGUAAUUAAUAAUGUGAAAUCUUCGCAUUAGUGAAUUACCAGUCUUUCAUGCAGAUUCUUACUAUCAGUUGAUCGAAGUCCUGAGGGCCCAAACACUUUGUUGAUAACCAGUGAUCACACAUCAAGUCCUUGACAAUCUCCUCCCAACUUUCAAAUUUUAUCAAAGGGAAAGGUGUACAGAACUGUAUUUAUAUUUGAAAUGUAUUUAUGUUGGUAUUGAUGUCUAAAUUGAGUCGAUACGCUUUAGUGUGUAAAUGAGUUUGUGAGAGUGUGUGAGCACACGUGAUCAGUGUGCAGGAUCGUUUUCAGUGAAUGGUACUUUAAUCACUAUAAAUAAAUGCAUAUUUUAUUGUA